AUGGAAAUCCUCCAAAUCGAACCCCGAGCUCUUGCAUCCCCAAGCUCUCAAGUUCCAUUAAUGCGUUUCCCGACCGCUAAGCGCAUCUUCUGCAUAGCAUUCUCGCCUGCCGUGAUUCCGCCGUCUCCUUUUCCACUGAGCAGCAGAGGCUACUCUUCUUCUAGAGUUGUUGUACCUGCCAAGGCUGUCGUUGCCGCAGCUGAGGUUGCGCGGCUCAAGGAGAACUGGCUUGAUUCCCUCACUUACCCUUUGCCUCGGUUAACUGAGGACGACGAACCGUCAACCUCUCCUGGCGGCGCGGACUCGUCGGCCGGUCCGGGUUCGAAUUGGGUCGUGGGUAUUGACCCGGACCUCUCUGGUGCUAUUGCCCUGUUGAAAACUGAGGACUCUGUAUGUUCCGCCCAGGUAUUUGAUUCUCCUAGCUUGAAAGUGGUGGUUGGCAAAAGAAUCCGAAAGCGUUUAGAUGUUAAGUCCAUUGUUCAGUUGCUUCGUAGUUUUGAUGCACCAGUUGGAACUACUGCAUACAUAGAGCAAUCAAUUCCAUAUCCACAAGAUGGGAAACAGGGCUGGUGGAGUGGUGGGUUUGGUUAUGGAUUGUGGAUUGGAGUAUUAGUUGCCUCUGGCUACUCGGUAGUUCCAGUACCAUCUCUUGCAUGGAAGAAUGAAUUCAAACUUACUGGGGAGACUGCAACAAAGGAUGAGAGUCGUAGGAGAGCAUCAAUGUUAUUUCCGUCAUUGAGUUCCUCGCUUACGAGGAAAAAAGAUCAUGGGAGAGCAGAGGCUUUGCUCAUUGCUGCAUAUGGUAAAGGGCUGAAGAUGAACUCAACAGCUACAUCCAGUAUGGAUGAAUCGCUAUAG